ACUGUGGAUAAAAGAAAGUGAUUAAUAUUUUUCUCCCCACUUUUCUCUCCAUUUUCGUUUACAUGGUAUCAGAGCCGAUUCUCACGAAUCCGAGCUCUGUGUGGGUUGAGAAUAUUUUUCAAGUGUAGCUCGUGUGGUGUUUGUGCUCGCCGGAGUGUUUCCGUGUGCUUUCCGUGUGGUUUUUGUGGUUGCCGGCGCCGUGUGGUGGUUGAAGUGUUUUCCGGCCAGGUUCCGGCAUCAUCUCGGGUACUGGACACUAGGGGUGAGCUCGCCGGCCGAUUCUGUUGUCUCCAAGCUUGGUUGCCGUCGUCUCCAGCCGCCGGAAGAGGUUGCCGUCCGUCGAUCCAGCUUCGUUUGGUUGCAGGUAAACUCGUAUUCUAGUUCUGGAGUAGGAAUACUCCUGAACCUGUAUAGAGUUUUAUUCCAGGUUGGAAUAAAACGUGUUUGGUAACACGGAUAGAUUAAACCUAUCCUCGGUUAGGAUAGGCUUAUCCGGCGCAGCCCAAACAAGCCAGACCCGACCCGAGGCCAACCCGGACCCGAUCCGAGUCCGACCCGAUCCGAGACAGUGCAUACCGGCCUCGAACCGGAUCCGAUCCGAAACAGGCCGAUUUCGGCCGAUACAGAGCCGAAACAGGCCGAUACCGGCCGAAACAGAGCCGAUUUCGGCCGAUACAGUCCGAUUCCGACGACUUUCAGACCGAUACAGUCCGGUUCCGAACCGGUACAACGCUUUUUUGACCGGUUCAGACUUAUUUCACUCAAUACAGGCUCGGGAUUUGGGUUUUUAAUCUGGAUUUCUACGUUUCCAGAUUGUUUUUUCCAGUUUUGGUCCACGUUUCAUGAUUUUUAUGUGAAAUCUUUGUUUCUAAGUGGACUGUUGUGAUAUAUUGGUAUAUUUCCCAUGGCAAAUAAAUUUGAGUCGAUGUCACUUGCACCAAAUAUCAAUAUGCCUAUGACUUCAGUGAAGUUAAAUGGAAAGAAUUACAUGCUGUGGUCGAGAUCCGUUGAAAUGUUUUUGAAAGGCAAGGGUCUUCGCCGUACUCAUCUGAUUGAUCCUAUUCCUGCUUCGACUAGUCCUACAUUUGCUCAAUGGGAGCAGGAAGAUGCUCAAAUAUUAUCUCUGAUGUUGACUAGUAUUGAACCUAGUAUCUGCUCGAGUUUAAUACAUUUUGACACUGCUCAAGAGGUGUGGGGGCAUCUUAAACAGAUGUAUUCAGGUGCUGGAAACAUAACUCGUAUUUAUGAGUUGUGUAAACAAUUCUUCGUGUUGGAACAGAAUGCUUUGGGCCUGGAAGAAUAUUAUUCUCAAGUGAUGGGCAUAUGUGAAGAACUCAAAGUGUAUCAACCCGUCACUUCUGAUGUUCCAAGUAUGCUGAAACAACGAGAAGAUUUUAAUAUUGUUCGCUUCCUGGUUGGCUUAAAACCGGAAUAUGAGUCAGUGCGGUCUCAGAUUUUGGCAAGUCCACAGCUUCCGUCAUUUCCUGAUGUAUUCUCUCGACUUCAACGAGCUACAUUAUCUUCUGAUCAGAGUAACGAGAGAUCUGCUUUAACUGCUUCCUAUGUUGCUCCUGCUGGACGUGGAGGUCAGAGUGGAAGAGGUGCACGUGGGGGUGCACGUGGGGGAAGAGAUAAUCGCACUCGAGGUCGUGAAUUUCGUAAGUGCACCCAUUGUGGUCGCACUAAUCACUCAGUGGAUUAUUGUUGGGAUCUACAUGGUAGACCAUCUGGGUCUGCUAAUCGGAAUCUGCAUGGUAGACCAUCUGGGUCUGCUAAUCAAGCCACUGUUCAAGAUGAUUCACAGCCAACGAGCUCCAACAGAUCUUCAGAUAUGAUCAGUAUAUCAAAGGAGGAGUAUGAGCGGUUUUUGGGUCACACAGGGGCUUCAUCUUCCACAGCUACUCUUACCCACUCAGGUAUAGCAUCUGCAUGUCUUGUUUCACCCACUCAGGGUCCAUGGAUCAUUGAUUCAGGAGCUAACGAACAUUUGACCGGUUUGUCUUCUGUCCUGUCUAAAUUAAAUACUGUACCAUCUGUAAAAAGUGUCACUCUUGCUAAUGGUUCUCUUGCUAAAGUUACAGGCAUUGGAUCCACUAAACUCACUGAUUCCAUAUCCUUGUCAUCUGUCCUACAUGCUCCGAGUUUUCCUUUUAGUUUGCUGUCUAUUAGUAGGAUUACUCAAAGUUUACAAUGUUCAGUGACCUUUUAUCCCUCUUCAUGUGUUUUUCAGGAUCUCAAGACGGGGAACAAGAUUGGUACGGGGCAUGAAGCUGGUGGUCUGUAUUAUCUUGAUGUUCAACAGUCACCCACUCGAGCUCUUACAACCCCCUCAUCAUCUGCUUUUGAAUGGCACUGUCGCCUGGGUCAUCCCUCACUUUCUCUUUUGAAGUGUCAAAUUAAGAACUUGGGGAGUGUGUCCCCCUUUUCUUGUGAAGCGUGUCAACUUAGUAAACACCAUCGUGUGUCUUUUGUUCCUCGUAUUGAUAAACGUGCAUCGAGUCCUUUUGAAUUGGUUCACUCUGAUAUAUGGGGACCAAUCAACAUUGAAUCAAACAAGUUUCAAUAUUUUGUUACAUUUGUUGAUGACUACUCUCGUGUGACAUGGUUGUUUUUGAUAAAGGCCAGAUCUGAACUUCUUUCCAUAUUUCAAAUGUUUUGGAAACAAAUUAAAACUCAGUUUAAUAAAAAAGUUCAGAUUUUGCGUUCUGAUAAUGGUAGGGAAUAUCUAUCUGGUGCCUUUGCUACUUACCUAAGUGACAAAGGAAUUGUUCAUCAAACAUCAUGUUCAUAUACACCCCAACAGAAUGGGGUGGCAGAACGCAAAAAUCGGCAUUUGUUAGAUGUAACCCGAGCACUAUUGCUACAUAUGCAUGUUCCUAAACGGUUUUGGAGUGAUGGUGUUCUUACUGCUUGUCAUCUUAUUAAUCGUAUGCCUUCAUCUAUUCUUAAUGGUUCAUCUCCCUUCUCCGUCUUGUUUCCGUCAUCUUCACCUUUUUCUCUUCCACCAAAAAUCUUUGGAUGUGUUUGCUUUGUUCAUAACCUUGGUCCAGGCUUUGAUAAACUUGACCCCCGUUCUACCAAGUGUCUCUUUGUUGGUUAUUCUCGGACUCAAAAAGGAUAUCGCUGCUAUAGUCCUACUCUUAGACGCUAUUUCACAAGUGCUGAUGUUACCUUCUUUGAGUCCAUACCUUUUUUUUCAAAUACAUCUUCAAGUGUUGAGUGUGACCCUCUACCAUUACCUACCCUUACAUUAUCUCCCUCACAAUCUCCCUCACAACCGCAGGUUUACUCACGUCGCUCGCGGCCGCCGGCUCCCAUGCCUCAACCAGUCGUGCCUCCAUCUUCAGAUCUUGAGUUGUCUCAACCAAUCGUGCCUCCAUCUUCAGAUCUUGAGUUGCCCCAACCAGUCGUGCCUCCAUCUUCAGAUCUUGAGUUACCCAGUACUUCAGACUCUCUACCUAUUGCUCUUCGCAAAGGUAGUCGUUCUUGUGUUACUCAACAUCCUAUUAGUCAAUUUGUCUCAUAUCAUGCCUUAUCUCCUUCAUUCUCAUGUUUUACAUCUCAAGUUUCAAAACUCUCUAUUCCUAAGACACUUCAGGAUGCAUUAUCUGAUCCGGGAUGGAGGACAGCUAUGGAAAGUGAAAUGGAUGCUCUUCAUCAUAAUCGCACAUGGGAUCUUGUUCCACUACCACCUAGUAAACAACCUGUUGGCUGUAAAUGGGUAUACACUAUCAAAUUUCAUCCUAAUGGUUCUGUGGAACGUCUGAAAGCCCGCCUGGUUGCAAAGGGCUAUACUCAAACCUAUGGCAUUGACUACGAAGAGACAUUCUCUCCAGUUGCCAAAAUCUCUUCUGUCCGAGUGCUAAUCUCUCUUGCUGCUAAUUUAGACUGGCCCUUAUUUCAGUUGGAUGUAAAAAAUGCAUUCCUCCAUGGCGACUUGCAUGAGGAAGUUUAUAUGGAGCAACCACCUGGGUUUGUUGCUCAGGGGGAGUAUCGAGGUACUGUAUGCAGGUUGAAAAAGGCAUUAUACGGCUUGAAACAAUCUCCUCGAGCAUGGUUUGGAAGGUUCUCUGAUGCUGUAUUGAACUUUGGUCUUCACAGAUGCCAAACAGACCACUCGGUAUUUCACUUGCAUAGUGAUGCAGGUCACAUUUUGUUGGUUGUAUACGUGGAUGAUAUUGUAAUCACUGGGAGUGACUCUGCUGGAAUUAUUAGACUAAAGCAAUUUUUACAUGAUCAGUUUCAGACGAAAGACUUGGGCAAACUUAGGUAUUUCCUUGGAAUUGAAGUCAGUAGAUCUAAAGAGGGCAUCAACCUAUCUCAGAGGAAAUAUGUACUCGAUCUGUUAGAAGAAACCGGCAUGUUGGGUGCACGACCUAUUGACACCCCUAUGGAUCCCAAUCGUAAAUUCUUGAAAGAAGAAGGGGAGCUGUUUAGAGAUCCAGGAUCUCACAUUGGGAUGCUGUGGUUCAUAUUCUUCGUUAUCUCAAGCGAGCACCUGGUCUUGGAAUAUUAUAUCGACCAAAUGGACAUCUUAGAGUUGAAGCAUUUUCAGAUGCUGAUUGGGCAGGAUCUCCUUCAGAUAGAAGAUCUACUACUGGAUAUUGUACCUUUGUAGGAGGUAACUUGGUUACAUGGAAGAGUAAGAAACAAACAGUAGUAGCUCGUUCUAGUGCGGAAGCGGAAUACAGGGCAAUGGCACAUACUACUAGUGAGCUGACAUGGUUACAACACUUUCUUCAAGAGAUUGGGUUUCCAGCUCCUAU